UCAUCCUGAGAGAUAAUUUCCUCCUGUUCAGAGAAGCAAGAUGCAUCUGUAGUAAUGAGACGCGUACACUAUUAGUAAGAACUUAGUUUUAAUGUAUUUAACUUGGCUCCCACUUGUUUAGAUUUUAUUUGAAAGAAUCUCUUGCAUGGUGACAUUUUAAGAAGCUGCCCUGAAUUGAGUACCGUCACUAAUUCAACAUGGGACAGACAUCUCUUAAGAAUAGAGUCCCUUUCGUGGUUUCUCUGGCUCUGGUGUUUGCUUGGAGCGCCGCAGAGCGAGAAUACUUCCUUCAUCCGAGUAAUCGCACCUGGGAGGAGGCCAGGAACCACUGCCAGGCCUGUUUCAAAGACCUGGUGACACUGACCCCUGAAAACGUCCAAACAGUCUCCAAGUUACUCACUUCUGACUGCUGGGUUGGCCUCCGCAAGAACUCCACCAGCAACUCCACCAACAACGGCACCAGCAACUUCAACAGCUACUCUACCAGCAACUCCACCAACAACGGCACCAACAACUCCACCACCAACAACAACAACACCAUCAUGGAUCCCAGAAUGCCGUGGUUCCGCUGGGCCAACGGAGACCCUCUGAUCUUCCAGAACUGGUACCCUGGUUGGCCCGUGUUCAGAUCCUCCCUCCCAAACAGAUACUACUUUGUCUGCACAGAAAAGGCCAGCCUGGAAACAGCAGCCCCGGAAACGGUCACCCCAGAAACAGUAGCCCCUGGAACGGGAACUCCAGACUCGGGAACCCCAGGAACUGGAACCCCAGGAACCGGAACCCCUGGAACGGGAACUCCAGACUCAGGAACCCCAGGAACGGGAACUCCAGACUCGGGAACCCCAGGAACUGGAACCCCAGGAACUGGAACCCCAGGAACCGGAACCCCAGGAACGGGAACUCCAGACUCGGGAACCCCAGGAACGGGAACUCCAGACUCGGGAACCCCAGGAACGGGAACUCCAGACUCUGGAACCCCAGGAACGGGAACUCCAGACUCGAUCACACCAGCAAUGGCAAUCCAAGCUACAGGAAACUCGACUGGUCAUCUUCGAGAAACCACAUUUGCAACCGCAACAGCCGCAACAGCGGCAUCAACUCCAUCAACCCCAGCUCGUUGCAAAAUAACGCGGUGGCCAGAAGAAGCGCAUUACGUGCUGUUGCCAGAUUUCCCCAAGCCUGAUGAAAACUACAUUGAAGACUCGUGCGUUGCCAUGCUCAGCUUCGGGCCGUGGGUUGAAAGGGUCUGCUCGGAGCUGCUCUCAUCCAUAUGUUACGAAGCCUAA